CCACAUGGGGAGCAGGUCAAGAAGCUUGCUCUUGACGCUAGCGCGAUCUCAUUAGGACUUCAACCAGACAAUCUCUCGAGUUCUUGAUCUGCUCUCCUCCCCGCCGCACCCCUUCUCCUGGGGCCUUGGAUGAUCAAGGCAUGGGAGGCCCCUCCUGGCCGGACUUGCAGUGCCUGGUGCGGCGGAAGCCGGCGGCCACGAGCUCCGCCGGCCGCGCCGAGGCUGCCGACGGGGGCGGCGGACAGCACCUCGCCAAGACGCUUACCAUUCCCCACCUUGCCGCCAUCGGUGUUGGUUCGACGAUUGGCGCUGGCAUCUACGUCCUGGUUGGAACUGUGGCCCGUGAGCACACAGGACCAGGCCUGACUGUGUCCUUUCUGAUAGCCGGCGUCGCUGCGGCCCUUUCAGCUUUGUGCUAUGCUGAGCUCUCCUGCCGUUUCCCUUCGGCAGGGAGUGCCUACCACUACUCCUACAUCUGCAUUGGAGAGAGUGUUGCUUGGCUGAUUGGGUGGGCCUUGAUCCUUGAGUACACGAUAGGGGGAUCAUCGGUGGCACGCGGCAUAUCGCCAAACUUGGCUCUAUUUUUUGGUGGCCAAGAUAAGUUGCCCUUCUUUCUAGCACAGGUACAUGUCAAAGGGCUAGACACCCCAGUUGAUCCUUGUGCUGCUAUUCUUGUCCUGAUAGUUACUGCAUUACUGUGUCUGGGAAUCAAAGAGAGCUCAUUUGUGGAAGGCAUCAUCACCACUGCAAACAUCAUAGUCAUGCUCUUUGUCAUCUGUGCUGGUGGAUGGUUAGGAUUCAGGAAUGGCUGGGUCGGUUAUAAAGGGCCAGAAGGUUACUUCCCUAAUGGUGUUGGUGGAGUCAUUUCUGGAUCGGCGACCCUCUUCUUCGCGUUCAUUGGCUUUGACACAGUAGCUAGCACGGCUGAGGAGGUGAAGAAUCCUCAGCGCGAUCUUCCACUGGGGAUGGGCCUGACCCUAUCCCUGUGCUGCUUCCUUUACAUGAUGGUCUCUGCUGUUGUGGUCGGUCUGGUGCCCUAUCGCGCGAUUGAUCCUAACACCCCUAUUUCUUCUGCGUUUGCACAGUACGGGAUGCAGUGGGCAGAGUAUGUUGUUUCCAGUGGGGCUGUUCUUGCCCUCAUAGCAUCCUUGAUAGGCGGUAUUCUUCCCCAGCCGAGAAUUAUAAUGGCUAUGGCUAGAGAUGGAUUGCUUCCGCCCCUGUUCUCAGCUGUUAAUCGACAAACUCAAGUGCCAAUCUUGAGCACAAUUUUGACAGGGACGUGUGCUGCUAUCCUGGCUUUUUUCAUGGACGUCUCCCAAUUGGCAGGGAUGGUAAGCGUGGGAACCUUAUUGGCAUUUACUACGGUUGCCAUUUCUGUUUUAGUAGUAAGAUAUGCUCCUCCAUAUGAGAUGCCAAUGGAAGUGGCUCUUGCAGGAAAACCUGAGACAUUAACUUCAUGCUCUGGGCACUCAGAGCAGGAUGAGCAAAAUUUGGAAGAUCCUUUUGGCAAUGCACCUACUGUCAGUGAGAUAGCCAGCAAAGCAAGGCGACAGAAAGCCAUGAGAUGCAUAGUAUUGAUAUGCCUUGGGGUCAUCAUCUUCAUUUCUGCGGUUUCUUUCUCCUCUUUGCCAUUUUAUGUGCGAAUGACUGCAUGCACCAUAGGCGGGCUGCUACUGUUUAGUUCUUCUAUUGUGCUGUUGUGCAUUGGACAAGAUAAGAGCUCUUUGGGACAAACUGGAGGUUUCAUGUGCCCAUUGGUUCCAUUGCUUCCAAUUUGUUGCAUCAUCGUCAACGCAUACCUGCUUAUGAACCUUGGGAGUCACACAUGGAUUCGUGUUUCCAUAUGGAUGGCGGCUGGUGCGCUCAUAUACCUCUUCUACGGCCUGAAACAUAGUUCAUUAGCAGGCAUGGCCUACCAUCGCAUAUCACAUUCGUAGUUGAACGUUGGGUAGAGUUCUUUUGCAUUUUUAUAGCAGAGAAAUGAAAUGUGCCCAGGAGAUUUGAAGGAACAGGAGAAGUUCUGAAAGUCUGAAUGAACCCUUAAGAACGAAGAUAGGCACAUGUAGGAAAGAGGCAUUGUACAGUCUCGUAUGGACUUGUUUUUUCCUCUGCCAAUUUCACAAACUACUGGAAAAGUUACCACUAAAUUUCUGAUUCUUUUGGUGCAAAAGAGGGAAAUUACAAGAGGCAUUCAUUAGUUGACAAGAAUUCUUUUUUC